AUCGUCGUAUAAAACCAAGCAAAUCCCACUAUAUAAACCCGAGCCCUUGCCAAAUUUCAAUAAUCGAAAAGUAGGAAAUUCCAUCUUUUCAAUCAUGUUUCGCGUUUCAGUGCUUACACAGCGGUCAUUUAGCAUAUCUGCCCUUCAUAGAUCAUCAUAUAAUCAUGUUGCUCGGAAAACUUUGUCAGAUAUCAAUCAGCUUUAUAAAUCCGGUGAACCGAUAUCCAUGGUCACCUCACAUGACUUCAUCACUUCGAAAAUGUUGGAAAAGGCCGAUAUUGAUAUCAAUUUAAUCGGCGAUUCCCUUGCUAAUACCACUUUAGGGUAUGAAGAUACCAACGAAUUGACCUUUGAUGAAUUCAUAUACCAUGUCAAAUCAGUACAAAGAGCCAACGCUUCUUCAUUAUUAGUGGCUGAUAUGCCGUUUGGAACCUUUGAGGCAUCACCGGAACAAGCAGUAGGUUCAGCAAUCAAAUUGGUACAACAAGGGAAAAUUCAAGCGGUGAAAAUUGAAGGUGGGAAUGAAGAAAUUAUACCAACCAUCAAAAAAUUAAUUUCCGUGGGGAUCCCAGUAAUGGGCCAUGUUGGAUUAACUCCACAAAAGCACAAUGCAUUAGGGGGUUAUAAGUUGCAAGGUAAAAAUGCCCAAAAUGCAGUGCAAAUUUUCCAGGAAUGUUUGAAUUUGCAACGUGCAGGUGUGUUUGCCAUAGUGUUGGAAUGUAUUCCUAAUAAAUUGUCGCAGUUUAUUACCGAAAAAUUGUCGGUUCCAACCAUUGGUAUAGGUGCUGGUCCACACACUUCAGGACAAGUGCUUGUUGUUUCUGAUUUGUUAGGCAUGAAAGAUCCUGAAGAAAAUCACACUGCCAAAUUUGUUAAACAAUAUGGAAACUUCUUUAACCUCGGAGUUGAAGGAUUAAAACAAUACAAGUCUGAAGUUAAAGCUAACACUUUCCCAGAGCCUAAUGUGCAUGGUUAUAAGAUCAAAUCUGACGUUCUUGAAGAAUUUAAAGCUGAAGCUGAAAAGUUGGUAUAAAGUAUUUUAUAGAGUAUAGCAUAUAGAGAUAAGCCCGAUUAACCGG